AUGGCUGACCCUGGAAUUGAGGCCGACCCCUCGCAGAUCGACAUGAUAGCGAGGUGGCUGGAUGGAAACAUGCUGAACGGCUCCCUGAACGUCCAACACAAAAUCCGAAAGCCUCUCCAGUAUGUCUACCCGCUCUUCAUCUUCCUGCACGCGUUGACAGUAAUAGGGGGCGUCACGGGAAACAUCGGAAUACUCGUCAUAGUAAUCCGUAAAAAACUCUACAAUGACCCGUUGUACUUUUUCAUGGCGAACUUAGCCAUCUCCGAUAUAAUCAAGUCAGUCUUCGUCCUGCCGUUGACUCUCACCAACCUGAUGAUGACCAAUUGGGUAUUUGGUAGCUUCAUCUGUUUCUUCCUUCCGAUGCUGCAGAGUUUUCCGGUGUACGUCACAAUGUUGACCUUCUUAAUGAUCGCCAUUGAUCGCUAUCGGACUAUUGUUUACCCAAUGAAAUCACGGGUCCCUGCCGGUCUCUGCACCAUCGGGGUCUGGGUGCUGUCGGUCUGUAUUGUCCUUCCGCAUGCCGUAUACUUGAAAUAUAUCGAUCUUGGUACAUUGGGCGCUGAUUUAAUGAACGAGGGAAUAUGCUAUGUGAGUUUUGGGAAACAUUAUGAGGAGUACGUACGCGCCAUGUUUGUUGUCAUGUACGCACUGCCGCUUGCUGUGUGUGCAUUUUUAUACAUUAAGUCUUCAGCUGAGAUCAAGGCCCGGGAAACGGCGAGUCCACCCGUGUUACCACAGCCAUAUAGGCCAUCUAUCAGGGACGAGAGCUCUCGUACCAUGAGCGAGGGUUCGUACCAUUCGCGGGUCACGUGGUCCAUGUGCGACCAGGAACGCCGGAUCGAACCGGAAGGUGCCAGUGGCGAAUCUUCCCAGAUCAACUCGUCAUACAUGGAGCGAUCAUACCACGACAGCGAUGACGAAAUUGACGUAAUAAAAGAAAAGAGGACCCAAAAGUACAUGAUAAGUAUGGUGACAAUCUUUGGCAUGUGUUGGUGCCCACUCAACAUCAUUUAUUUAGUCACUCCCUUCCUUGUCCCAGAGGAAACGGAAACCAAGGAAAAACUCAUGGACAUUUUCUUCAUCACGUUUUCUUGGUUUGGGUUUCUGAGUACAUGCAGUAACCCGGUGUUGUUCGCGUCCUGGAGGAUGUCGGAAACGGCCAAGGACAGGUUGCGGGGGUACUUCCGGUUCAGCAACCGGCGGAGAGAUAGCGCACACUCACAGGUAAGCCGGUGCACGGAGAUAUGCGGUGGUCAUGGCGGACUCUGCUCGAGUAAGGAGAAGUCGGAUGAGGUAACAAGGGCCUACGUCUGA